AUACCGGCGCCGCUACCACCACAAGCUAACAGACCGCCGAGCGAGUAACACGCAUACAUACACCACCACUACACACGUGAUUAUCUACAGAUAACAGUGCUAACAAAUCGUGAUCAAUUAAACAGUGAUAGUUCAAGUGAAAGGUGAAAUUGACAAUUUGAUAAAAUGGCAAAAAUUAUCGUUUGUUUAGUGUUGUUUGUUGUGGUCGCUGGACACAAGCACCACCCCAAGUUCCCCAAAACUACUGAGGAUUAUAUCAUACCGAUGCCGAGGAAAGUGGCAUGCUCUGGUGACAAUGAACGUGAACGUGGAAACAUUAUUGAACAGUCCAAAUGCGGAGAACCUAAAGAGGUCUUCGAAUACCUGAAAGUCAGAGCUGCGCAUGAGCAGAUCAGCCCGCGCGCCGUGUGGGUCAAGCGCUGCGUCGGCCUCUGCGAGUACGAGAACGAGGGCACCUGCGUGGCCACCGAGACCGCCAUCCGACACAUUCCCAUCCGAAUAUACAACGCGAAGACGAACAAGGAGACGUGCGCGACGUACCCCAUCGUGGAGCACGUGUCGUGCGGCUGCUGCUCGCUGUCGCCCGAGGAGUGCGCGGCCCCGAGGGUGUACAAUCCUCGUAAGUGCUCCUGCCAGUGUCCCAACAUGGAAGAGCGCCGCAAUUGUCUCAAAAAGCGGAACCAGAAUAUGAGGUGGAAUCGGUCUAAAUGCGCGUGCGAGCAGCGAAGGAGGGCGUAGUGCGCACGCGCCACAAACACGCGCGUCUCGUGCGCGCCCUGUGCCGCCCUGCCACAGCCGAGUGAUACCUGGCUGACUAGUGAAUCUUAGAGACCCUAGUGCAUUGACGAGCACGUGAACAAGUGCUAGUGAGGUGACACCGCAGCCUGCCGCUGCGGUGGACGCGAUAGUGAUGGGCAAAGUCAAGUCGUGACUCAAACAUAUUUGGGAUGUGAUAGUCACCGACCACGUGACGCGGCGACCAGACUGACGCCUCGUGCAACCAGUAUACGUAACACGAUGGACUAAAGUGUCUUCGGAGUCUUCGUUGUUAGGAAACUGACAGUAUUAUAGUGUUGUAAGUUAUUUAUUUGUUUAGUUCUAAGAUCAAAUGGGGCCAAAAGGUGCUGUGAGUAGACACUGCUAAUUAUUCCAUGACUUUUUGGUUUGCUGUCUAAUGUACUUAAUUGUAACUCUGAUACGUAUUAUUUGUAAUUAGUUAAUUUAUUUAUUUAUGAUAGUUGUAAAGUUCCUAAAAGGAAACUAUUCGGAUGUGUGGGUAGAGAAGUACAUCUGGUAGAGUACCAGGUAGAGUUCUUCCCCGUCCGGGAAUCAAACCUCGCAAGCGUUAGUGAUCAAAUCUCCCGAAACUUCCGAGGCUACUGAGUUGAUUACUAAUUGUUAAUUUAUUUUAGUGUUAAGGUGCAGUUUCGCCAGUGUCGAGCGACAUCACGGUUCAGUAUUGUAGUAUUUUUAGUAUAAUGACGAGCGUGAAAAUGUUUUACGCAAUUCCUAAAUUGUGAUAAUAGUUAUUCCAUUUCUGAUAGGUUAAUUUUAUAUUCGCUAAGUACUUAAUAGCUAGGUAAAAUGUAGAUUUAAAAGUAUUUGAUAUCUAGUCAAGAGUUUUCAUUGAAAUUGUUUUGUAUAGAAUCAGCUCUCUUUUUUAUUUAUAUUAGACUUUAAAACUGAAUUUCAGGCACCUCCUGUACUAUAAGACCUAGUCUUCGAUUGUGCCAAAGGCAUAGAUAGAAUCUCAUAGGUUUUUUAUUAAUUUAAAAUUGUAAUAUUAAUUAUUUAUUUAUUUUUAUUAAUUUAUUACUGCGGAGGUACUCCAGCUUUAAAAGCUAAGCGACGGACAUGAUUAGGAAUAAUAUUUUGUAUUUUUAGUUUUUAAGUUAUGAAAUAAACAGUUUUUUUAAGAAACCUAAAA